AUGCUUUUGGGUGAAGCCUCUUCCUCCUCGAAUCUCAUCGAGCUCCAGCCCACCGCCUCACGAUCAGCGACGAGUUCCUCAAUGUCCUCCGACCCAGAACGCAACGUCCGGGUGGCAUCGCCCACAGAGGAGCUUGCGCCGUCCAGUCCCCGUCGAAAUACCCAGUUUCGGAACAAACGAGAGUCCCGACAGUCGACGACGUCCACUGCUCGGGCUGCGAGCGGGGGCUUCCUCAACCGCACCAGGACUGUCCUUUCAGAGAACCUGAAGCGGGACAAGCCAAUACGUCAUGAACCGACGAACAUGGCGAGUGCCAUGGCCAUUGUCAAAGCUUCAUGGUUGAAUCUACUGCUCGUCUUCAUUCCGUUAUCCUGGGCAUUCCACUUUGCCCAUCUAGACAAUACCCUGGUAUUCGUAUUCUCGUUUUUGGCCAUUAUCCCCCUUGCGAAAUUAUUGGCAUUUGCCACGGAAGAACUGUCACUGCGAGUGGGACAAACACUCGCAGGCCUGAUGAAUGCUACACUCGGAAAUGCUGUGGAAUUGAUUGUUGCUAUCAUUGCCUUGGUGCAAUGCCAACUGACAGUCGUGCAAUCGUCUCUUGUGGGAUCAAUCCUCAGUAAUUUGCUGCUGGUCCUUGGAAUGUGCUUCUUCGCCGGUGGAACCCGUUUCUCCGAGCAAGGCUUUGGAGCCAGCGCAGCACAGAUCAACUCGUCGCUAUUAAUCUUGAGCGUCAUCGGUGUACUCCUUCCUGCCGCGUUCCAGUUCGCCGACAGCUCGUCGAUUGGCGAAGGUCAGGAGAACAGCGAAAUUCUGAGCGUCAGCCACGGAACCGCUAUUAUCUUACUUUUCAUCUAUGUGUCGUACAUUGUAUUUCAGUUAUUCUCGCACAAGGCCCUGUACGACGACGACGGCGUCGACGUCAUCCAGUCCACGCGGUACGCCCAGCGCGAGGGCGGCGGGCACAUCUUCCCGCGCGUGAACGUCAACCCGCUCGCCGCGAUCCGCAAGCGCAGGGAAGCGAACGCUGACAAGGAAAUGCUUUCCCAGGGCGGCGUCGCCGCCAACGGCGAGGGCAUCAACACCGUGGAGAACGGGACUGCUACGAACGGCGCCGUUGCGAACGGGGAGGGCGCGGACCUUGAGAAUGGCGGUGCUGCGCAGGAGGAGGAGCAGGAGCAGGAGGUCGAGGAGCCGACGCUGAACGUCCUCAUGAGCGUUGUACUGUUGGUAGCUGUCACGGUGUUGGUCGCCGUCACCGCGGAGUUCCUCGUCGACUCCAUCGACGGACUUACGGACAGCACCCCCAUCAGCAAGGAAUUCGUCGGCAUGAUCCUCCUGCCCAUCGUUGGUAACGCCGCAGAGCACGUAACUGCUGUGACUGUCUCGGUCAAAGACAAGCUGACGCUCAGUAUUGGCGUUGCGGUCGGGUCGAGUAUCCAAAUUGCGUUGUUUGUCAUUCCAUUCAUCGUGACGCUCGCGUGGAUCAUGGGCAAGCCGUUGUCGCUUCUGUUCGAUCCGUUUGAGGCCAUCGCCCUGUUCUUGUCUGUCAUCACCGUGAACUACGUGGUUGCUGAUGGGAAGUCGAAUUGGUUGGAGGGAAUGAUCCUGAUUUGUCUAUAUAUUAUUCUUGCUGUUGCCUUCUGGUUCUAUAUUCCCGGCGCAAGUGUCUUUGACUGCUAG